UUGCAAAAACCCUCCUCACUCAGUCUCGUCUACCCUUUCCUCUCUGGCUCUCUGCUCCUCGCCGCCGCCGCCGCAGCAUCUCCACCGGUCGGACGCCUUCUCCCCUCGCCGGCGCGCGAAGAUGCUGGACAUCAACCUCUUCCGCACGGAGAAGGGCGGCGACCCGGAGCUGAUCCGCAAGUCGCAGCUCAGCCGCUCCACCCCCGAGUCCGCCGCCGCCAACGUCGCGCUCGUCGACGAGGUCAUCGCACUCGACGACCAGUGGCGCCAGAGGCAGUUCGAGCUCGAUAAAAUCCGGCAGGAGCUCAACAAAACCAGCAAGGAAAUCGGCAAGCUCAAGGCUAAAAAGCAGGAUGCAACGGCUCUGAUUCAGAGCACGGAAGAAAUUAAAAAGAGGUUGGCUGCCAAAGAGACUGAGGUGCAGGAGGCCAAGGGCACACUCGAUGCCAAGCUCGUGACGAUUGGAAACGUUGUGCAUGAAUCCGUCCCUGUCAGCGACGACGAGGCAAACAAUUUAAUCGUACGGACAUGGGGAGAGAGGAGGUUGGAGGGGAACUUGAAGAAUCAUGUGGAUCUUUGUAAGAUGCUGGACAUUGUAGCUUUGGAGAAAGGUGCUGAUGUAGCCGGUGGAAGGGGUUACUAUCUAAAGGAUGAAGGUGUCCUGCUGAACUUGGCAUUGAUAAAUUUUGGUCUUGCUUUUCUGAGAAAGCGAGGUUUCAAGCCAAUGCAAACACCUUUUUUCAUGAGAAAAGAGACUAUGGGAAAAUGUGCCCAAUUGGCCCAAUUUGAUGAAGAGCUUUACAAGCUAACAGGUGAUGGAGAGGAAAAGUAUCUCAUAGCUACAUCUGAGCAACCACUAUGCGCGUAUCAUCUAGGUGAUCGGAUAUAUCCUGCUGAAUUGCCAAUUAGAUAUGCUGGAUACUCCACCUGCUUCCGUAAAGAAGCUGGUUCACAUGGAAGGGACACGGCUGGCAUCUUCAGAGUCCACCAAUUUGAAAAGAUCGAGCAAUUCUGUGUUACAAGUCCGAAUGACAAUGAAUCCUGGGUGAUGCAUGAAGAGAUGAUUAAAAAUUCAGAAGAUUUCUACAAGGAGAUUGGACUACCGUAUCAAAUUGUCUCUAUUGUGUCUGGUGCUCUUAAUGAUGCUGCGGCUAAAAAGUAUGAUUUAGAAGCAUGGUUCCCAGCAUCAAAAACCUUCAGGGAAUUAGUGUCCUGCUCAAACUGCACAGAUUAUCAAGCAAGGAGACUUGGAAUAGGCUAUGGCCAGAAAAAGAAUGACGAGCAAUCCAAGCAAUUUGUUCAUAUGCUGAACUCAACAUUGACUGCCACUGAGAGGACCCUUUGUUGUAUUCUGGAGAAUUUCCAGAAGGAGAAUGGUGUCGAAGUUCCAAAGGCAUUGCAGCCCUACAUGGGUGGAAUCGAGUUCCUUCCUUUCAAGCAGCCUCUAGAUAGCAAACAAGUUGCUCGACUCCAAAUCAAAUAGUCUAAAGUCAGAGGGAAAUGCAGUCCGAGCUAGACGAGGGAUCAAAAAAAAUCUUGCUUGCAGACACUACUAGAUAUGAUCCAUCCUUCAAAAAAGUGUGUAGUUCAAAAUUUGUAGCAAUGAUGAUAACGUUACAGUUUGGCACAUUGUCUGAUUAUGUACUUGCACACUGACAUUCCAUAGGAUGUCUGGCAAUCCUGGAAUCUCCGCUUAAUUUACCAUAAGAUGUUAUUUUCAAUUCA